CGUCGGCGUCACUUCCGCCCCCGGCCAAGAUGGCCGGCUUCCGGCGGCGGCGGGGCGAUGGCGGAUGAGGCGGCGCGGCGGGCGGUGGCGGAGCUGCCGCUGCUGCGGACGGCGGCGGGGCCGCGGGACCGGGAGGGCUGGGCGCCGCGGCUGAAGGAGGAGUACCGCGCCCUCAUACAGUACGUGGAGAACAACAAACGCGCCGAUAACGACUGGUUCCGCCUGGAGUCCAACGCCGAGGGCACCCGGUGGUUCGGGAAAUGCUGGUACGUCCACGAGCUGCUCAAGUACGAGUUCGCCAUCGAGUUUGAGAUCCCGGUGACCUACCCCGCCACCGCCCCCGAGAUCGCCAUCCCCGAGCUGGAUGGGAAGACGGCCAAGAUGUACAGGGGUGGCAAAAUCUGCCUGAGCGACCACUUCAAGCCUCUCUGGGCCAGGAACGUCCCCAAAUUCGGCUUGGCCCAUCUGAUGGCGCUGGGGCUGGGCCCCUGGCUGGCCGUGGAGAUCCCGGACCUCGUGGCCAAAGGCAUCAUCCAGCACAAGGAGAAGUGAGCGAUGGCGGCCGGGGGGGGGGGGUUGGGGGCUAAUGGGGGGGG